CACGCCACUUUCUCUCUCUAAGCACCAGGGUCCGAGUUUAGACGGCUGACUUAGCGUGUGCGCGGAACAGUAAAGCGCUAAGGCCGCACGGUUUGGUUCAAGGAGGAAUCGGGCCGUGACAUGAUGGUGAAGUUUCAGCGACAAAACAAACACCCUCCACUAUAACAGUGAAGAUGGAACAAUACACAGCUCCCCUAUUUCAUGAUAAAACGUCUCUAAGGAGCUCAAUAGUAAUAUUUUAAGAUACAGGAGUUGUUCUUGUUCUCAUCAUAGUCUAUCUUCUUAUAAGCCUUUAAACUUAUAUUUAAACAAUUGCCUUCCUAGAAUCUGGUACUUGUAGGAGAUCUAUAGGGUAAGAGUAGUAUCUUAAAAUCUUAUCCAUAGAAAGAAACAGAGUAGUAAGAGAACAUAAGUAAAAAUCAUGGGAGAAUAUGAGAAUGAGAGUCAUACUCGUUAAUCUAAACAAUGUCUUAGAAACAAGUUAAAGACAUAUGAAGAGUCUGAAUCAUUUUAGUUAUAUAUACUUUUCGUCUUUCUUCCUCAACCUCCUUCCUCCUCUAUUCUUCUUUUUCUCCUUCAGCUCCUUUCAUUCUCAGCCUCUCUCCAGCUUUAUUACCCACCACCAAAGACAUCGCCGACCAAUCUAUCAGAAAAAGAAUCGAUCUGCCAUGAGGGUUGAUGCAUUUAUUUUGGGUUUAGGAGGAAGUAGAGGGAUUUAGAAGAUUCUUUAAGCCAAUUCAGCAGUCGUAAUUUGAAAGCACUUGCAAACAUGUAAAAUAUAGAUGAGACUUAAUGGGGCUGAUAAAAGAAAGCUUUCGCCUAUUCAAAUUUCGAGAUUGUUGGGAGGAGAAGUUCUGAUUAAUCUCUCACCACUGUCACUUUUUUCUCCUGCUAAAUAUUUUAUUUAUUUUUCAAAGCUGAUGUGUCAAAAGAAGAGGUGCUGAUGUGUCACAUUUGUGAGACACAACUCACUCUUUAUAUAAUAGAUAAUCUCUAAUCAAAUAAAUCACCAUAAUAUAGUCAACGUGACUUAAGUUUUUGAACGAAAGACGGUCUGAAUUUGACAGAGCUUUCUCACAUCGUCAUCACCACCGUUGUUUUGUUUUGGUUGACGACGAUGCUGAGGCUACGGCUCUCUCUAUGUCUGGUUUUGACGGUAUGGUUCGUGCGUAAUUCUGGAACAGUUCAAAUGGUUCAAGCCCAAAACCAAACUACUCAUCCCGAAGAAGUUACAUUGCAAGUUCAGGACUUACCGGUCAUCGAGGCAAGCCUAACACUAGCUGAUGAAGAACCGAUCAACAUACCCACCAUGAGACAUGCACCAAGGACAAGGUCAGGAACUAAGAGUCUAAGAGAGGAGUUCAACAAGUCAAUAGAAGGGCUGAUCACACUUAUAGAGCACGGGGAACUCAAAGAGAAGCUACUCAAAGGGGAGAUCACCCGAGAGACACCAAUGGAGCCUCUAACCGAGUUCAGCACGCUUGAGACCCAACAAGACGACGUGGAAGACUCGGCCGGUUCAAGCCAAGACCUUCAAGAAUCCAAGAAAGUCAAAGAGACACCGAGCAAUGACUACUCUCAACUCAAGCGUCAAGCCAUAUCAUUCUUACCUGUUUUACAAGGCAUCAAGGACGCUACUACGUUUGUCAUCUCCAAGCAAGUGGAAAUGCCACUCAUCGAACCAAUGUAAGUGUUUACAAUUGGAUUAUAUUUCACGAGUUUAUUGUUUGUUUUGCAGGAGCUUUUCUUUGCCUUAGUCGUUUUUCUUAGUUUUUAGAAUUUUUCCAUUUUGUUGCUUUAGUUAAACGAUGAGCUUUGUAGUUUCCUUUUCUGUAUUUUUCGGCCAAGAGAAGCCACCCCGCUGUCGAACCAUUAUAUAAGGUUCCUUCUCAGCAUGUAAACUUUUAACCUAUCAAUAAAA